GCGCAGCAAAACCGAGCAGCACAACUACCAACCAAAUGGCGGUACAGCCCGCGCUGUCACUGACACCGGGCCCGUCUCUCCCCACUCAUAAACCCAGGCAGUGUCCAUUGCCCCGCCAGUGCUGGCCUCGUGCGCCCCCACUCCACCUCGUCGCCUCCGCCGCCGCCGCCGAGCCGAGUCGGAACCCGCAUGGACGCCGGCGUGCUGUCCAACGUCCGGUGGGCCACAGCCUGCGCGGCGCUGCUCAACGCCGCCGCCGCCUCCGCGGGCGCCGCCGUCGCGGCCGUCGCGCUCCGCCGCUGCGGCGGGGGUGGCGCCCUCGGUCCGGCCGCCGCCGUGGCCUCCGCGGCGUCGGCGGCGAGGCUCCUGGCUUCUGCGGUGGCGGGGUUCGCGCAGGGCGCCGCCGCCUCAGCUAUUGCCGCCGGUGCCAUCGGGGCCCAUGUCGACAGCGAGCGCGACCUCCGCCAACUCUCCAGGCUACGGUACAAGAGAUGGCUUUGGUGGACACGAUUUGGAAUGGUCAUCACAAUGCUGCAAUUUGUGUUGACAAUUUAUUUGAUGUGUAUCAUCAUAAAAGACAUCUUAGCUGGAGGCUUUUUAAAACAGUGCUUUUCAGGACAAAAUCAGGGAAACAAUGACUGGAAGCGUAUCUUGUUAAUAAUUUUUCUUGUCAGUAUGUGGGUGGCAAUUAUAGUUCAGUGCGCUACUGGUUCUGAUGUACUAAGGUGGAGAUCAUUUUAUGCAUCCCAUGAUAUUGCGUGGAGGGCACACUACCGAGAGGUGUUUGAUCAUGGAAUCCGUGAAGUUUUGUGCUGUCUAGGGCGGGUUAAGUAUUCGAGUGUGUUGGAAGAUGAUGAUAUAUGUGUCGUGGCGAAGUUAUUGGGUGACCUUAUGGCUUAUCGUGCAUCUGGAACUGGUCAUCUUGAGCUCAUAGCAGAGUCAUCUGUAUCCCAAAUGAUUUUCCUUCAGGGCUUUCACUUCUGCAGAAAUCUAAGCUCUCCACAGUUAUUUCGAAAUAACUAGUGGAGGCUCCUCAAGAUCUUAUCCAAGAGGCUGUUCUCUUUCAUCCAUUUGCUGAAGCUGCCUAUACAGGCCCACUGCUUGAUUUUGGAAGGAAUCCUGUUAUGUUUCCCUGUGUGUGGCUCAACAGGCAAGGUGUUUUGACUCCAUGGACUCGUUUUAGGGGCUGUUUGGGAGAGCUUUUCUGAGACUCGCUUAUAAGCUGAGCAGACUUAUCUAAUAAGCCGCGAUCUGGAGAAUCUGCUUUCUGAAUAAGCGAGGGUGUUUGGCUAGCCUGAUUAUUGUUGAUAGAUUAUCUGUUCUGGGUAUGAAAUGACCGUUAUACCCUUGAGGCUAAUAAUACCUCUUUUUGUUUGUAACACUGAUGUGAAGACAAUUUUCGACAUCUUUGUGAAGUUUGAGAAACAAA